AACAAGGCAAUAAAACAACUUGUUAUUCGAGUUACAUUUCUUACUCAACAUGGAGUCUGUCUCGACCUUAAUUAGAGUAUCUUUACCAAGUUACCUAAGAAGUUUGCCAAUCCCUAAUACACUUGGGGGUUUCGCAAAAUUAUCUGGACAAGAAUGGAUUGCCCUUGUACCUUUUGUUGGCACAGUAUCACUUCUUGUUUAUGUAACUGUUCAAGCUUUUCUUCCAAAACCUGAACCCAAGCCACCACUAGUUAAUCUCAAAGUUCAGAAAGAGAGCCAAAAAGUUGUAAAUAUGGUUGAUAUUGAAGAUCUUGGAGAUAAAAUUAGCUAUUGUCGUUGCUGGAGGUCGAAGAAAUUUCCAUUAUGUGAUGGUAGUCACAACAAGCACAAUGAAGAUACCGGUGAUAAUGUUGGACCAUUGGUACUCAAAAGAAGACAAGCUCAAAAGUAACAAUUGUUUUUGCAGAUCAGAAUCUGUUUGUUUGAAGCAUUAUGUAAUAAAAGUGAAUUCAUGAUAAUACUGUAUACUAGAAAACAUACUAAUAGAUUUUUAUGCAUUGAUUAAAAUUAAGACCAAAUUAUGUAGUUUUAAAAUACAUGUAUAGUGUAUACCUUUGUCAAGGCUUUGAUUCAGUGAUACUUCCCUGUUAAUUAAUCAAUUAUAUAAUCUUGUCUCAACAAACUAACCUUAAUUCAUUCAAUCUAAUUAAAAUCAGUUGUUAAUUAUGUUUUGUUUCAAUGUUGUACUGCAUUAAUAUCUGACAUAUUUUCUCAGUGAAAAGUGUUCAGUCAAUCAUGUUGGUUUAUUGACCAAUCAAAUUAUCUGUAUUGGUAUACAGAGCUUUGCUUUAUGGUGAAUUAUAUGAAUUUUAAAACCCAUGUGUGUAAGAGUUGAUCUGCUUAGUUUUGGGUCAUAAAUGUCUGCAAUGUCAUCCUAGAUGGAAGCGGGGCAUAAACCCCUAUCUGAGAAAGUUAGUUUUGGGUUAAAAUGUGACAGAUUGAUAUGCAUAGAACUGUCAGUGGCAGAACAAGAUUGUAAAAGAAAGGAAGUUAGAUUAUGAUGUAGUGUAUAAUUCAGAAAAUGGAAAUAAAAGUAGAAACCAAAUUGUAGUCUUAAUUUUAAUUAGAAUGUAAUUUAUUUGUGUAAAACAAGCCACUGGACUUGAAUUGUAAUUAAUGUAAGAUUGUUAAACUGGACUUGAAUUGUAAUGAUAUGUUAAUUAGAUAGUAAUUUAUUAAUAUAAAACAAGCCACUGAAAUGAAUAAUGCAUGUACCAUUAAUUGGGUAUUAUUGGUGUUUGUCUGCUAGUGCAUCAUGCAUGCAAUUUCUUAAAUAAGGUUGCUGUUAAAAGUUUAUGAAAGUUUGAAUGAUUAUCACAUCAUAGUGCACUUCUCUAAAAAUCAAAGUAUGUGUAGUUGCUUAAUUUCUAGUAUUGUUAUAUGACUGUUUCCUGUUUUUACUGAUUGUUUAUGAUGAAUCAUUGAAUGACUAUAUUAUGAUUGGUGAUUGUUGUUCUAAAUGUGCCAUGGUACAAUGUACUUGGAGGGUUUUUAUGUUUAAAUAUAAUAUAAUAAUAUAUACAGUUUUUGGAUAAUAAAUUUUGUAUCAAAAAUA